AUGCCACAAUUAACUACGGUAACAUUGCCGCAAUAUGUUCCCUUUCCGGUAACCAUUGCUACGCUCAAUUGCCAGGUUGGCGAAACCGUACCAAAACACACACAGCUUUUCACUUACAAGUACUGGGACCACGAAGAUGACCCUGCUUCUACUGAGGACCCUCCUCUCCAGAAAAAGGUGGAGAGAGUAGGCACGUUUGAAAGCCCAAUUGAGGGCGAAGUUGAACAAGUAAACAUCAAGAUCGGUCAGCAGAUACAUUCUUCUUCGUCGGAGCUUAUUUCUAUAAGAGAACCCUGCGAUCAUUCAGUACAGUAUGGUGGGCUAUGUGCCCUCUGUGGGAAAGCUGUCGAAGACGAGAAGGAUUACACGGGAUACAACUACGAAGACAGGGCUCAGAUUGAGAUGUCUCAUGAUAGCACUGGCUUGAAAAUAUCGUACGACGAAGCUACCAAGAUUGAACAGAACACAACUGAUCGCUUACUUGAUGAACGUAAGUUGAUAUUAGUUGUUGAUUUGGAUCAAACGGUAAUUCACGCUACGGUGGACCCAACUGUGGGGGAAUGGCAGAGCGAUCCACUGAAUCCGAAUUACAAAUCUGUGAAAGAUGUCAAGAGUUUCUGUUUAGAAGAGGAACCCAUAAUGCCACCAGGCUGGACUGGUCCCAAAUUCACUCCAACGAAAUGUUGGUACUACGUAAAGCUUCGUCCUGGAUUAGAGGACUUUUUGAAGAAGAUAUCUGACCUUUAUGAACUACACAUAUAUACCAUGGCCACUAGAAACUAUGCCUUGGCCAUUGCCAAAAUUAUUGACCCCACUGGGGAAUAUUUUGGAGAUCGAAUUUUGAGUAGAGACGAAAGUGGUUCAUUGACUCAUAAGAAUUUGAAGAGAUUAUUCCCAGUAGAUCAAUCUAUGGUUGCCAUUAUAGACGAUAGAGGUGAUGUAUGGCAAUGGGAAAGCAAUUUGGUGAAGGUUGUGCCGUAUGAUUUCUUUGUGGGUAUUGGGGAUAUCAAUUCCAGCUUUUUGCCGAAGAAGAAUGGGCAAUUGAUUGGACCUAGUAAGAAAAGGAAGAGUAUAGCUAAGUUGGAGGAACAAAACGAAGAGGAAACUGGUGAUGACGAAGAAGAAAAGCAAGAAGAUCAAGAAGGUAAGGAAGACGGGCAGGUUGAAAAUGGAGAUGAAGAAACAAACGGUGAGGAAUUGAAUCCCUCGCCAGUGGAGAGAAUACUUCAACUAGGAGGUGGUGAAGACAACACAAACUUACUUCUUGAACAAUCGAUCACAAGAAACAUAUCGAUUGAACAGCAGCAACAUGACAGACCUCUUGCCAAAUUGCAGCACGACUUGGAAAUGAUUCAGGAAGACGAAAAAAAUAGCGACGGUAUCUCUGAAAACCUGAAAGAUGAUUCUGCAAUACCCUCUACAGAUUUAGCGGCUGAUGUCAGUGACAGUGCUUCUACUCCUGCUCCUGAGCAAAAUUUACUUUAUGACGAUGAUACUGAAUUAUUUUCACUCGAAAAGGCAUUGGAACGAAUUCACUCCAAAUAUUAUGAGAUAUUGGAGAAGAAUAGUAUUGAAAACUUGCAAUUGAGACCUGACUUGACACUGAUAAUUCCUUCUUUAAAGCAUCGAUGCCUAGAAGGAGUUACGGUGUUAUUUUCAGGUAUUUUACCUCUUGGAAUCAAUUUGGAAAGGGCUGAUAUUGUAAUUUGGUGUAAGCAAUUUGGGGUGAAAGUCGUCAAUGAGCUUUACCCUGAAGUCACUCAUGUUGUUUGUAGAGAUAAUAGAUCUAAAGCUCAUAAGAUAGGACCCACAUUCAAAGUCCGUGUUGCAAGGAAACUUAUACCUGAUGUCAAGAUAGUUAAUCCUGAUUGGUUGUUUGCAUGCUUAAGUAGCUGGAGUAAAGUUGACGAAGAAGAAUAUUUGAUUGAGUCAAGCGACAAAGACUGGUACAUCUCGGAUAGAGAAUUACUGAAUUACAAAGACUUUUUGUCACAGCAGAGAAAUAAAGUCAACGACAGAAGUGAUUCUGUUGUAGAUUAUUCGUUGGACGGGGUUGAGGAUGAAGUUGACGAGUUUUUAGCCGGAAUUAGUGACGACGACGAAGGUGAUGACGACGACGACGAUGACGAUGAAGAGGAAAAAGAGGAAGAGAAAUCAAUAGGGGAUGAGGAAAUGAAAGUUGAACAGGAAGAAAAGGAAGAAGGGAAGUUAUUUGAAGAUGAAGAGAGAAGAAAGGGUGUAUUGAAGAGAAGCAGAGAUGAAGAUGAUGAUGAAAAAGAUUAUGAUAACGAUGAACUGCCUGCCAAAAGAAAUAGGUUAGAUUCAAAUGGAGAGAAGAGUGAGGAAGAGGAUGAAGAGCAAGUGGAUUUAGACAAGCUCGAGCAGGAACUCUUAGAUGGCUUUGACGGUUUAGAAGAAUGA